AUGGUCGAUUUGAAGCAACAGCUCAACACCCUCGACUAUUUUGGAGUGGUUGCUGUUUGGGUGGCGUUCUUCUCGGUUGUGGCAAUCAUCUCAAUGACCUGUAUCUUGUGGUGUUGUGUGACGAAAGAUGAUGAUGUGACUGUUUUCCAAAAAUGGGGAAUGGGCCCUCGUCGCGGCACGUCAGCUGGUCAGAGAAACGAUUAUCAUAUGACCUAUUCGAGGAGUUUCUCUCCAAAUGGACUUCAACGACCGAAUCCUGAUUAUUUGAUGUGUGGAGGGACUUUUCAUGCAACGACAGCCGCCAAAAUCUUUGCCGUCUAUCAAUUUCUCGCUUGUCUCGUCUUUUCUGCCUUCAACUUUUGGGCUUUCGGCUCCGAUAAAUUAAGUCUCUUCUUGUUUUGCAUCGCUUUCACAAUGUAUUCUGUGAUCGUCAUUUAUGGGGUUUUUCUCGAGAAGAAAUCCUUUCUUCUACCGUUUCUCUUCGUUCAUUUUGGUGUGGCUCUCGUCUUUCUCCUUGUCACUUGUACCUAUGCCGGUCUUGGCGCAUUCACCGAUUUCAUCGCCAAUCAACACCGCGAAAGUGCGCCGUUGAGGGAUCUCUAUGGAAUGCACAAAUUGAAUCCAGACAGUGAGGGAAUUCAAACAAUCACCUCAUCAGCUGUUCUCUUCUUGUUGAUUAUCUCAACGAUCGUUCAAAUGUUCUCAUGGUUAGUGAUGCUGAGAACAUAUCAAUGUUAUCGAGAUGCUGAUCGAACGAUCGUCCCUAAAGACGGGUACAACCGAGGCUUCAACUUUGAGGUCUCGAAAUUUGCGUGGAAAAUUCCGAUCUACGAGCCAACACCGCCACUAUGCACACUGUUUGUUUCGAUCCAGGAUCCGAAUGAUCCGGUGGGAUAUGUAAUCCUCAUCUAUUUUCAUCAUUCAACAUGUUCCCAACGAUUAGCGAAAAGCCAUGACUGUUCUCUAUUUUUCGAAAUCCGUUCUUCUCGAAAAGGAGGUGACGACAAGACACACUUUCAACACAACAAACCCUCGAAAAUACCCACAAACAAGGAAAGUCGUCAUCAAGCCAACACCAAGAAG